AUGGCAGGAUCUCGGACACAUCCUAGCGAGAACGAUCUUCUUCUUUCCGAGCGAGACAUGGCUGGAAACUUUGAAGGGUCUAGGGAUGCCAUUCUUCCCCCGGGCACUUUUCGGUUGAUUAGUGAAGAUGGAAUUGACCUCCAUGGACAGCGAGCCAUUAUUCUCGACCCAAUUCCGUCGAGCGACCCUAAUGAGCCCCUGAAUUGGAGCACGCUGCGGAAAUCAGUUAACUUCGGCAUUGUGCUGGCUAUGACGAUCGUUAUUUUCACAGCGCUCUCUAUCCAGGGUAUUUUUUGGCAGCAGAUGGUCGUCGACCUCCAGGUCUCUUAUACGCAACUCAACCAAGCCGUGUCGGUGAAUUAUGUCGGUCUCGCAAUGGGUUGUGUGUUCUUCAUCCCUCUCGCAAAAAAAUACGGCCGGCGUCCCGUGUACAUUGUUUCGACUGCGCUGAUGCUGGUCACUGCCUUUUGGACCGCCAACCUGCACAGCCUAACGGAACUGUAUGUCACCAAUCUACUGCAAGGCCUGGCCGGUGCAACGAAUGAGGCUAUCGCGGAGAUUACCAUUGCCGAUCUGUUCUUCGUCCACCACCGAGGCAGCAUGAAUGGCCUGUACAUGACGAUGGUCAUGAUUGGUAGCUUUCUGACUCCCAUGGCGGCGGGUGUCCAGGCCACCGCCCAGGGCUGGCGCUGGUCGUACCGCACCAUGGGAAUAUUCAAUGCCAUUCUCCUGCUCAUCUUUGUGGUCGCCUACGAGGAAACCAAGUAUGUACCUGUACUUACAGGCCAGGUGCGCUCCGGAUCAGACGACGACGAACUGCCGGCCACCGCAAAAGAUGCCGACCAGCUAGCCUCCAGGAUUAAGGUCCAAGCAGAUACUAAGACCCCCAUCCCUGUCGAGCCCAGCAACCUGCACCACGAGCUGGACCCGACCAUCCCACAUAACUCAUGGCGCAAGCGCCUCGCCUUGGUAACGGCUACUCCAGAACCCAUCUGGCCGUAUUACUACCGCCCCUUCAUUGUGCUCUUCAGUUUCCCUCCGGUCAUGUUCGCCGCCCUCCAGUACGCCGCCGGCGUCAUCUGGCUGACCAUCACGGCGAAUGUUCUAGCUCUCGUGUUUCCGCUGCCACCCUAUAAUUUCACACCCGAGCAGAUCGGGUUCAUGAGCGCCGGUCCAUUUAUUGGCAACCUCAUCGGCGCCAUCUACGGCGGUGUCCUGGGAGAUCGGUCGAUUCUGUACUUCUCCCGCCGAAACAAGGGAUUUUACGAGCCGGAGAUGCGUCUGUACAUUCUGCACCUGCCGGCAGUGGCCAUGGCGGGCGGUUUGAUUAUGUUCGGUGUCACCAUUUCUCGGGGCAUGCACUGGAUCUAUCCCAGUGUCGGUGGCGCACUGUUCGGCUUCGGCCUUGGCAGCAUCAGCGAUGCCGCGUUGACUCUCGUGAUUGAUAGUUAUCGUGAUAUCACCGGUGACGCCUUUACAGGGGUGGCCUUCAUCCGCAAUGCGGCCAGCAUCGGCAUUCCCUUCGCCAUCUCCCCAUGGAUGAAACACGAUGGUCUGCAGAACAUGUUUAUUGCCUGUGGCUUCAUAUGUCUGGGCGUUACCAUGACUAUUAUUCCCAUGAUAAUCUGGGGCAAGGAUUCACGCCUUGCCCUGGCGGCGCGGUAUUACCGCAUGGUCGAGGAGCAGGGACAUGCGCACUGA